UUUUCCUUGUGUGGCAGAAUGGAAAUAGGAGGCGGCAGGUAGUUGACAGAUCAAUAACAAAGUUGAUUGUCGUCGAGGGUUGUUGAACUUCUUCAAUGAUAUAUCAACAAAUGUACCUGUAUGUUGACUCAGCUGUUAAGUGCAAGAAGCUUUUAAUUUACAUGGGAUAACUUUAGUGUGUCUCGAACCUGAUUAACGAACAAGUCGACAAACUAGAUUGAGAGCGAGCGAGUGAAAAUGAAUAAUUUGUCUUUUGACGAUCCGGCACUGGAUAACCUGGAUCCAAGCCUGUCUCUAAAUGAUCCGAGUGAUAUUGACACAGCGCUGCUGAGCGACAUAGAUGACAUGCUCCAGCUCAUCAAUAACCAGGACAUGGAGUUUGGAGGCCUGUUUGACCCCCCUCAGUUUGUUCCUCCAACUCACACUCAGGAUCUUCCAGUCCUGGCUCACUCCACCCCUUCUUCAUGUUCGCCAACCUCCUCCACCUCCACCUCCCCCACCAAAUCUUCUAUCCUGAGCAGCAGUCCCCACCUGGAUGCCCUGCUGGGCCCCCCCAUUACACGCAGUUCCUCUACCCCUGACAAGGUGUUCCACCCCACCACCUUCCAGCAGUCUCCUUUGGCUCAGGCGUCCACGCCCGCAGCAUCACGUCAGCAGGGUCCUCCUCUGCAGACAACUCAACCCAAAGCCUCUCAGACCCCCCCAUGUGCCCUCCAGCCUUCUGGGCAGCCAGGUCAGAACCAUGGUCCUGCUGGGAAGAGCCCAGUGUACAGUCCUGGUCCGCAGGCUCUGUUCGCCUCACCGACACCCCAGCAAACUCAGCAGCAGCAGCAGCAGCAGCAGCAGCAGCCCCUGGCCAGCUACGCCAACCAGAAUAAUUUCUCACCUGUCAAUCAAGCCAGCUCCCCUCAGCCAAUCCCAAGCAUGUCGAGCUCUCCUCCGAGUGUGCAGCCAGUGGCCAUUCAGGCUCAAGUUCAGGGCCUGUCCACGUCACCACUGUUAGCCACGUCGUCAAGUCCUCCAACACAAACCAUCUCUCCUCAUGUCCAGCAGGUUCCAGUAUUGCUGCAGCCACAGUUCAUUAAGGCUGACUCCCUCCUGCUCACUGCCCUGAAGCCUGAUGCAUCCAUGGUAACCACGGUAGCAUCUCCCUGCAUUACCUCCUUGGCAACAUCCACGGCUCCAGUCCAGAACACCUCUCUGCAGGCUCUGAUGAAUGGGGGCACCAUUUUCACCACAGUCCCGGUUGUGGUAGACACAGAGAAGCUCCCAAUAAACCGUAUUGCCAUCAGCGGAAAACCUGCCGGCCAACCGCAAAAGGGCGAGAAACGCACGGCCCACAACGCCAUCGAGAAACGCUACCGAUCCUCCAUCAACGACAAGAUCAUCGAGCUCAAAGAUCUGGUGGCCGGCACUGAGGCCAAGCUGAAUAAAUCAGCAGUACUAAGGAAGGCCAUCGACUACAUCCGCUACCUACAGCAGUGCAAUCAGAAACUCAAACAGGAGAACAUGGCUCUCAAAAUGGCUGCCCAGAAGAACAAGUCUCUGAAGGAUCUGGUGGCCAUGGAGGUAGAUGUGAAGAGCGAGAUGCCCACCCCUCCUGCGUCCGACGCUGGCUCACCCUUACCUGGCGGUCCCCUGUCCCACUGCAGCAGUGACUCUGAACCAGACAGCCCUAUGGGAGAAGACAGUAAGCUGCUGGUUCAUGCAGACAAGGCCACAGGCAGUGGCAGCGUGGGAAUGCUGGACCGCUCUCGCAUGGCUCUGUGUGCGUUCACCUUCCUCUUCCUCUCCUUUAACCCACUGGCCUCACUGCUGUGUGGCAGCUGGAGCAGCUCCGGAGCCGCCACCUCCACCGGCCACCCUGGGACUGGCAGGAACAUGCUGGGAAUGGAGAGUGCAGCGGAUUCAUGGGGUUGGAUGGACUGGAUGCUGCCCACCCUGCUGGUGUGGCUGUUGAAUGGUGUUCUGGUGGCUGGAGUUUUGAUCAGACUGCUGGUUUAUGGAGAACCUGUUACCAGACCUCACUCCUGCUCAUCUGUUCUGUUCUGGAGGCACCGUAAACAGGCUGACCUGGACCUGGCCAGGGGAGAUUUUGCUCAGGCGUCUCAGAACCUGUGGACCUGUCUGAAGGCUUUGGGUCGUCCCCUGCCCACCUCUCAGCUGGACCUGACGUGUGCGGCCCUGUGGGCCGGCCUGCGUCUCUGCCUGCAGAGACUGUGGGUGGGGCGCUGGCUGGCGAGCAAGGCCGGAGGACUGAGGUCAGACCGUCCGCUCCAGGACGACGCCCGCAAAAGCAGCCGAGACGCCGCCCUUGUGUACCACCGCCUGCACCAGCUGCACAUGACCGGUAAGCUUGGUGGCAGUCAUCUCUCUGCUGUGCACAUGGCUUUGAGUGCGGUGAAUCUGGCGGAAUGUGCCGGAGACUGCCUGCCCGUGGCCACGCUCGCUGAGAUCUACGUGUCUGCCGCUCUGAGAGUGAAAACCAGUUUGCCCCGUCUGCUCCACUUCACCUCUCGUGUAUUCCUUAGCAGUGCUCGUCAGGCCUGUCUCUCUCCCAGUGGCAGUGUUCCUCCUGCCAUGCAGUGGCUAUGCCAUCCUCUGGGCCAUCGUUUCUUUGUGGACGGGGACUGGUCUGUACGCAGCAUACCCAAGGAGAGUAUCUACAGCCAGGCUGGGAACACAGUUGAUCCGCUGGCUCAGGUGACUCAGGCGUUCCGAGAGCAUCUGCUGGAGAAGGCGCUUUACUGCGUAGCUCAGCCAAGGGGCGAGAAAACAACCAAUGAGCAUGAGGGCGAGUACUCGGAUGCUCUGGAGUACCUGCAGCUGCUGACCAGUGCUUCAGAUGCUGCCGGAGCCACCACUCAGUCCUUCGCCAUUGGCUCCAACAUGGCCACUGUUACAGGGUGUGACCCCCACUCCAAAUGGUGGUCCUCAGUCGUGGUGGUGGUCAUCAACUGGCUGCAGGGCGAUGACAUGGCAGCCGAGAGACUUUACCCAGCAGUAGAGCACCUGCCACGAAGUCUGCAGACAGCAGAGAGCCCCUUGCCCAAAGCUUGCCUGAAUGCAUUUAAAGCAGUGCGCACUCUGCUGGCCAAACCUGAGAACUGCCAGCUCAGUCUGAGCUACUGUGAGAGAGCCAGCAGCCUGCUCAGAGACAGCCUGAACCUGGGGCCUCACUGUCACAGCAAUGUGUUAGACAAGCUGGUGCAGUUGUUGCUGUGUGACUUGUUGUUGGUGACGCGUACGAACGUGUGGCGGGAGCAGCAGAGUGUCUCUCCAGUGGCAGCGCAGCAGGCGUCUCCUCCAGAGCUGCAGGGCUUUCAGCAGGACCUCAGCUCUCUCAGGAGACUGGCCCAGAGCUUCAGACCAGCCAUGCGCAGGCUGUUUCUGCAUGAAGCCACAGCCAGGUUGAUGGCAGGAGCUAGUCCCACACGUACACACCAGCUACUGGACCGCAGCCUGAGACGCCGCGCCACACCCGGAGGCAAAACAGAAGAGUGUGAGACGAGGCCGGGACAGCGUGAGCAGGCGGAAGCUGUGAUGUUGGCUUGUCGUUACCUUCCCCCAUCCUUCCUGUCGGCCCCGGGCCAGCGAGUGGGUAUGCUGGCUGAUGCAGCCCGCACACUGGAGAAACUGGGAGACAAACGCACUCUCCACGACUGCCAGCAGAUGAUCAUCAAACUUGGCAGCGGCACAACUGUCACCUCCACCUAGUGUCAGCACCAGCCCCUGCACACAAACACACGCACACACCCACACACACCUCACAGCUCAUACACAUUUUCACCUCCUCAUAAUACACCCACUCCUCCCCCCAGGCUCCAAAGGAAAAUUCACAACUCCCCGUUUCCUUCAGCUGGCAGAAAAGGCUUUGGCCAAUGUCAUCAGAGAGAUUAGCCUGUAGACUGUUAGUGGAUCGAUUCUCUCAUUUCAGCUCUGUCCCUCGUUCCUGUGAAACAGAGGUCUAAAAGUGUCUCCCCACUGCAUUCAACUUGCCAAUACACACAAAACCCAGAUGUCCCUCUGACUCUCCUCUGCAAACAAAAGUGUUUUUAAUUCCUUUUUUUGAUAUAAAAUAUAUUAUUUAACUUAUUUAUAGUCCCCUUUAAAAAAACAAACAAACUGAUUUCUUACCGUCUUUGUGAGAUGCACAGACAGGGCCAGCUGUGGCCACUGGGUGGAGUUUUGACAGGCUGUUAUAACCUGAACUGGAAAUGUGUGGUGGCUGACUUGCUGGGUGGUUGAACUGGGCACGCAUUUUAAGACCCCCCCCCCCCUUUUUUUUUACAUUUUGUGAUUUGGUUAUAUUUGAAUGGGCGAAGUGAAGUAUUCAUUGGAGGAACUGGUCUCAUUUUGAGAUUAGCUAGGUCCUCCUCUAUUAUAUCACGUUGUACAGUUGGGGUCUUACCUGCACGACCUGAAGCAGGGAUGAAUUUUACAUAUAAUAACAUAUAUAUAUGAGGCUUUAGUGGGUUCACUUUCAUAAAGUAUUUUCCUUGUAUAUAUAUAUAUUACAUGUAUUUAUAAUUUGUCUAUUAAGAUUUGGGCAUCAAUGUUUUGUAUUAGCAGAGGUUUCUUUUUCUUUUCUUUUUUUUUUUCUUUUGAGAGGAAAACCCUGCAUAAAAAAACCUUCAAUAUAGAGAUUAUGGCAGUCAUCAGAGAAAGAAUCACCUAAAAGGCACUAUAUCCAAUUGCACUACUGAGUGAGAUGCGGGCUACCUAUUUAUCUUGAGAGAAUGUAGCCUCUUCCUCUUGCUAUUGAACCUUCCAUUUCAGGGAGCCCCAAAAACACAAAUGGGGGUCUUUUAUUUUGUAAAGCUUAGUUUAGGGCCUAUGGUAACAAAAUCGGACCUUAGCAGCAGCCACCCUCACAUAUCUUAAUUGUUCUAUCCAAAGAGGCCUAAGUGUUUUCAAAACAAGAUAGGAGUGUGGCCCAGUAGUUCUCCGAAAGUGAGGAUACAUUUUUCAACCACCGUAUUGUGUUUAAGGACGCCCAAUCAUCAGGUAGUUUUGUUUUCACAGACAUUGCAUUUGUUAUAUAAGAGACACAAAACCAUUUCUAUACAUGAUUAACCAGUUUUUAGCGCGCAUAAUUGAAGUCUACCAGAGAAAAUGUCUUUAAACUGAAAGUUUGUCUUUUUGUCUUCUGUUUUGCUCUGUGAUUAUUCUUGAGAAUGUAAAUAAAAGCCUUUUUGUAACGAAAAA